AUUCGACUUAACGACAUAAACGACGUCCAUGUGAGUUAAUUUUUCUCUCGUCGAUUGUUUAUUCUCCUUUUUCUUAAUUUAUUUCAUAUCAAGGAAGCAUUUUGUAUUGUAAUAAAUCGAUAAUCUCCUUUUUUCUGUUUCUAUCAAAGCUCAUUGAACAAAAAUGUCAGCUAUCAGUUUAUUAAAUCCCAAAGCUGAAUUUGCAAGAGCUGCUCAAGCUCUGGCAAUUAAUGUUUCGGCUGGAAAAGGUAUUCAAGAUGUAAUGAAAACUAAUUUAGGGCCUAAAGGAACAAUGAAAAUGUUAGUUUCGGGAGCAGGUGAUAUUAAAAUUACCAAGGACGGCAAUGUUCUUCUGCAAGAGAUGCAAAUUCAACAUCCAACUGCUUCUUUAAUUGCUCGUGCAUCAACGGCACAAGAUGAUAUGACAGGAGAUGGUACCACCAGCACAGUUCUAUUAAUUGCUGAACUAUUAAAACAAGCCGAACUUUAUAUUGCCGAGGGAUUGCAUCCUCGUGUCUUAACCGAAGGUUUCGAUUUGGCAAGAGUAAAAACUCUUCAAAUUCUUGAUUCAUUGAAAAUUGCCGGCGAACCUUCACGUGAUCUUUUAAUGGACGUCGCUAGAACUUCACUGAGAACUAAAAUUCAUCCAACUAUUGCUGAUAAAUUGACGGAAAUUUGUGUUGAUGCUGUUUUAGCUAUUAAACAACCAAAUGAUCAAAUUGAUUUGCAUAUGGUUGAAAUUAUGGAGAUGCAACAUAGAACAGCAUCUGAUACAACUCUUGUGAGGGGAAUUGUUAUGGAUCAUGGUGCCAGACAUCCGGAUAUGCCAAAAAAAGUUGAAAAUGCUUAUAUAUUGACUUGCAAUGUCAGUUUAGAAUAUGAGAAAAGCGAGGUAAACAGUGGUUUCUUCUACAAAUCGGCUGCUGAACGUGAAAAACUCGUGGCAGCUGAACGUGAAUUUAUCGAUAAUCGAGUGAAAAAAAUCAUUGAACUGAAGAGAAAACUUUGUAAUGGAACUGAUAAAUCAUUUGUGAUUAUUAAUCAAAAGGGUAUUGAUCCACCAUCAUUGGAUAUGUUUGCCAAGGAAAAUAUUGUGGCAUUACGUCGUGCCAAGCGUAGAAAUAUGGAACGUUUAGCUCUUGCUUGCGGUGGUGUUGCAAUGAAUUCCGUUGAUGAUUUAGCGGAAGAACAUCUCGGUUGGGCUGGACUUGUCUACGAACACGUUUUGGGAGAAACUAAAUAUACGUUCGUUGAAGAAUGCAAGAAACCAACUUCAGUCACUGUUUUAUUAAAAGGACCGAAUAAGUACACAUUGAUUCAAUUAAAAGACGCAGUUCGUGAUGGUUUGAGAGCAAUCAAAAAUGCAAUCGAUGAUCGGGCAGUGAUACCGGGUGCGGGAGCAUUUGAAAUUGCUGCAAGUCGAACUUUGCAUCAAUUCAAAGAUGAAGUCAAAGGCAAACAGAGAUUGGGUGUUCAAGCUUACGCCGAUGCUUUGCUUAUUAUUCCUAAAAUACUUGCCGUGAAUAGUGGAUUUGAUGCUCAAGACAGUAUUGUAAAACUUCUUGAAGAGUCAAAGGUUCUAGGUGAAGCUGUUGGUUUAGAUCUUUCGUCAGGGGAGGCACUGAAACCCGCGGAUGCUGGAAUCUACGAUAAUUAUAUCGUUAAAAAACAAAUCGUUAAUUCCUGUACUGUUAUUGCCAGCAAUCUCCUCCUUGUGGAUGAAAUAAUGAGAGCAGGACUAUCAUCUUUAAAAGGCUAACGAGAUUUUUGUAUUAAAAACCGCAUUAAAUUUUUCGCAUUUCACAUUUUCGUCACAUUCUUUACAGCUUUUACACACGUUUUAAUAAAUUUUAAUUGAUAAUCGAACAAUUUGUAUCGUUCAAGCUUAAUAAAAAAAAUAUUUCUUACAUUA